AGGUUCAGGAGGUGCUGCAGAAGUUGGCGAUUGAGGAUGGAAACGUCUCUGUUCACUUGCAGCGUCUGGAGAACUCGCUGAGCCUGUUUGCUGAGGAAACCAACAGGAAGGAGCUGCUAGCCCACCUGGGUCGAAUGGCCGUGGACUUCAAUCGUCUCUCUUCAAAAGUGCAGAAGAAUGAGUACAAGACUACCGUCCUGCAGACCCUUUGUGAACAGCUACGUAAAGAAAAUGAAGAUCUUCGGAAGAAACUGGACCACGACCUUAACGACAAGAAUCAGAUGAUGGAGAGGAUGAAAUAUGAGAACCUGAAGUUGAAGAAAAUGAUGGCAGAGCGGCUGCAGCAGAGGGAGGCUGAGCAGGCAUCUCCAGCACUUGAGGUGGCCUCCAAACAGGAGCCAGUAGACAGACCACUGGAAAGAGCAACUCUCCAGCAGAAUACAAAAGCAACAGAACAACAAGAAUCUAUUGACAAAAACAUGAUGGAAAUACUGGAGAAGAAAGUUGCAGCUCUGGAGGUGCAGCGGAAGGAGCUGUUGGAAGUGAACAAACAAUGGGAUCAACAGUUCCGGAACAUGAAGCAACAGUAUGAGCAAAAGAUUGUGGAGCUGAGGCAGCGAUUGGCUAUGUCCCAGAAGGAACUGAGUGAGCGUGAGAGUGGCUGUGAAGAAAAACAGAGGGACUUUGACAGGAAGUUACUGCUGGCCAAGUCGAAGAUUGAGAGUGGAGAGAGUGAGAAGGAAAGAUGUCUGGCAGAGAUUAAGGAGCUGAAACAGAGGAACCAGUGUCUGCAGAACCAGCUGUUGCCCCUCACCAAACAGCGGGAAUACCAGGAGAAGGAAAUUCAGCGCCUCAACAAGGCCUUGGGUGAGGCUCUAGCUGUCCAGCCAUCAAGCCCACAGCUGGCUCUGUUCAGCAAUGCUGGUGAUUCAUGUAUGAGUGCGAGGAGAACUGAGCUCCUCACCCAGAUCGAGGUGCUCAAACAGCAGGUGAAAAUAUUUGAAGAAGAUUUUCAGCGGGAGCGGAGUGACCGAGAACGCAUGAAUGAAGAGAAAGAAGAGUUGAGGCAGAAACUCGAGAAAGUCCAAACACAGAUGACAUUGUUGAACACCCAGCUGAGAAUCUAUCAGGAAGAUUAUCAGAAGGAGAAGUUGGAGAAGGAAAAAUUUCAAAGGCUGCUGAAGCAUCAGAAACAGGUUCCCAGUGAGAGGAGGUCAUCAGAUCCACCGCCUGGAGCCCCAGGGCCAUACUGCCCCCCUCCCUACCAAAUACAGUAUCCACCCCUCCCUCACCCUGCCGCUGGCAUUGGAGGUUUCGAGUGGCAGAUUCACUACCCUCCUGCUGGACCUGGUGCACAUGCCCAUUACCGAGGGUCGGAGUUUCCCUGGAAUGCCCCAUUCCCAGCCGCACGGAACCAGCACGCUGCAGAGACAGACCGGCCCAAGGCUGAUGGGAAAGAACCUACGUCUCCCAGGCUUGGCAGAGGGCAGCAUUGAGGGAGGAGGAACCAAGUUAUUCUGAGCUGACCUGUACAGCAUCUGGUGAUUUGGCCAUCACAAGGCGACGGGACUUUACCUUCCUUCAACGGCAGUGUGAAUUGCAAAGGCUUCUGUCCCUCAGGUUGUUUGAUGCUGUAGUCUUGUGUCCUCCGUUUCUCCUCAACCUUCCCCUCACUGCGCCUCGGAACUUGUUGGUAUCUGUUUCCAGGGGAAUAGUUACAGAUUGUGCUGUUGGACUGUGAAAGGCUUCACAUCAGGCCUUGGUGUCAGAAUAAAUAUCCUUUUUAUUAUUUUACACACCUUUUAGUUUUAUGUGUUCCAAUAAAAUCUGAUCAAAUCA